AUGGGGUUUGCUUACCACGACUACCUUGUGGAGUUCAUUCGAACGGAUGCCCGUCCUACCUUCAUUUUAGGCAGCGCCUCUGAAGCUAUCGUAUACACAAACUUUGCUUUUGAUAAGCUGCUCGGCGGCAGUCACGAUGGGCUGCUCGGCGUCAUUAGAUCAGCAAUCGGAGACGAGACAUCCGCUCUAGAACCUGAACAUUUACAGCUACAAACCUCUUUCCGGAGUUAUCAACUGAUCCUACGGAAGAUUGCUUUAAAUGGCAGCAGAGGUGGUUGUUAUGUCGGGGUCCUUGAAGCUACAUCCCUUCCAAAUCCAGAUCGAGAUACAGAUCCAAUCGCCGAUGGCAAACAAAGCAGCCCCGCAUCAUCGUCAACCCUAUCACCGCUGACUAUCAACCCGAGUGUCAAUGCCAGUGAUAAUGCCGGCCAUAAAACAUUCCGCUCGCUUUCCAUGCUAGCAAUCACCCAUACUCUCUCUCAGGCACAAGAAGCAGUGAUACGGGCCCAUGGCGGGUCUCUUCCUUCUCUUGAUUGGACCGUGCCGGAAUGUCCAAUACCAUUUGGUGAAGCUCGAAAGCACUUUAAUUUACUCCAUUCAAUCGAUUGGGGAAAUACGGCUGUUGGGCCCAUGAACUCAUGGUCAACGUCUCUGCGAACAGCUAUAAAUACAAUAAUGUAUAUGACCCAGCCAAUUGUACUGUACGCCGGCUAUGAUUAUAUCAAUAUUUACAAUUUAGCAUGGGGUCUGCAAGUCGCACAGGAACGCCAUCCAUAUAUAAUGGGUAAAACAGUCCCUGUAGCAUGGCCUGAAGGUCAUGAAUAUCUUGUCCCUUUAAUCGACAAAACACUGCUCGGCGAAACAGUCAUAAGAGAGGCCGCACUGUUUUAUCUGAACAAGUCAGUCCCUGGAGAAGAGUCAUACGUCAGCUUUAUAUUAUCACCGGCUAUCGAUGAUCAAGGUUUCUACCUGGGAACCUUCGCCUACGCGGUCUUCGAAACGGACAGCAUAAUUAAAAAGCGGCAUACAAAGAGUCUACAGAUACUCGGUUCAAAACUCGUCCAAGUCAAAGAACUAGGGCACCAAGGUGGUUUUUGGAGUGCUAUCCUCGAUGCAUUAGAUGAGACACCUCGCGAUUCACCAUUUGUAAUUCUCUACUGCGUUUCAGAAGAUGGACGACGCUGCGAAUAUGUGGGAAGCCGAGGUCUCGAUCCUAAAGUUUGUGGCAACAUUGAUUUUGACGCGCUUGGACACACCAAGUCCCAAGUAUUCCGGGAACGUCUAAUACACACAUACGGACAAGCAAAAACCACAAUCAGGGAACCGCUUUCCAUAUUUGAACAGAACAGCCUACACGGGAUGCCAUAUCGUGGAUUUGGUAUGUGUCAAGAUGCGAUAACAUUACCAAUUCGUAAACAUUCUGGAAUGGCCCAAGCGUUUCUUAUCAUCGGGCAAAACCAUCGAAGACCAUAUGAUUCAACAUAUCAAGAAUGGCUAAACGGGUUUCAAAGCAUCAUUUCAACGUCAGUGGCCAAAAUAUGGAGCGUCAAAGACGAGGAGCGGCUCUUGCUUGAAAGCAAGCUCGCAGAGAUGGCAAGAGCUCAUAGUCUUAAGAUAACUCAAACUCUGGAUAAAAAAACCAAGGAGUUAAGAGAGAGCGAGACUCUAUUCACCAGGACUGCAGAAAGUGUUCCCGUCGGACUCGUUUGUAUCAACAAUGACGGGCAAAUCAUAUUUGCAAACGAUGCAUGGUGGCGCAUAUGCGGCAUGGAUCGGAGCGGUGGUCCCGAUGUCUGGGACAAAUAUAUUUACGUCGAAGAUCGCGAACGUAUCGUAGCUUUAUUCGACAAACUCGUGGAAGAGCGUGGGAGCAUGGCAGAAGAGUUUCGUUUCGGGAACGACUCGAGGCCUGGCAGUCGAGGGUUUACUACAUGGUGCAGGAACUCUAUUCACCCUUCCUACGACGACGACGGGAAUUUUACGGGGUGGUUUGGUACACUGGUCGACAUCACGAGUAUCAAACUAGCGGAGGAAUACCAACGAGAAUUAACUGCAGAGGCCGUAGAACGGAAGCGGCAGCAAGACAAUUUCAUCGAUGUGUAUGUUAUGAAAACAAGCCAUGAAUUACGGAAUCCACUUUCUGCUAUCCUACAAUCAGCAGAUGAAAUACAGAUGACCUUGGAUGCAUUAAUAGAUAUUGAUGCCGACCCGGCUGCUCUCGCUGCAAUACAAGAAGCUGCAGAAACCAUUCUCGCUUGUGGAGAGCAUCAAAAGAAAAUCAUUGAUGACAUUCUCAAUUUGUCAAAGCUCGAUGCCGGGCUUUUGACAGUAGACCCUGUACCCGCGCAACCCCAUGAUAUAAUUCGGCGUGGGAUGAGAAUAUUCGUCCCAGAACUGAAGAGCAAGGGAAUUACCGCGCAGUUCACCCUGUCCGACAACUUUGUCGCUGAUUGUAUGCGAGACUGGUGGAUGGUUGACCCAGCUCGCCUAAUGCAAGUCUUAAUCAACCUUGUUACCAACGCUAUCAAAUUCACAAGCCAGAAGAACGGUGCAAAGGAAAUAUGUGUGGCUCUCGACUCGUCUAAAGUCCGGCCUUCAUUCACGGACAACUUUCUAGAUGAAGUAAAUACUCCAAGUAGUGAGCCCAGCCUUAUCACGAGCAAUGAAAAAAACCACCCCACUUUUUCGGAAAACGGGAUGUACAUGUUAGUACAUGUCAGAGAUACUGGUAUUGGGAUAUCCAACGAGAUGCAGGCUGUCCUUGGACAACGAUUUCACCAGGCACCCAAAACUCAUGUUUCAUAUGGCGGUUCGGGUCUCGGAUUAUUCAUUGCGCGACGGCUAUGUUUUCUCCUCGGUGGUGAACUUCACUUCGACUCAGACUUGGGAGUGGGGAGCACGUUCUCUUUCUUUUUCCAUGCCCAGAGAACGGAUCCCCCUACUACCCACAAUAUCGUAUCGACGCCUAAUGAGCCUGUGAAACGGACGUAUUCGUUUGGUAGUGACAUCAAGUCUGCGGCAGAAGAUUUCAUCUCAACCCCUCGCCGGCCGUCUAAGCCACCACCUGUGAAGAUACAAAAGGUUGCAGACCGCAAACCAUCAAGUAAAAGGCCAAGGCUCGGUGACGGAUACCGUGUCCUGGUUGUGGAGGAUAAUAUAUUGAAUCAAAAGAUUCUGAGAAAACAACUUGCAGCACAAGGAUGUGAGACAGUAACUGCUAACAACGGUGAAGAAGCUCUUGAGCUGCUCAAGGCGGGUGGAAAGUUUACGAUUGUAUUGAUGGAUAUGGAAAUGCCCGUAAUGGAUGGCGCGACGGCCACAGGAUUGAUCCGCGAAUACGAAGCAGGGGCCGGUGGCCAUGUCCCCAUCAUAGGAACAUCCGCGAAUGCUCGAUUUGAGCAGGUUCAAUUUAUGAUAAACGCUGGCAUGGAUGAUGUGAUCACAAAACCGUUCCUAAUCUUAGAUUUGAUGGAAAAGAUACGGCAAGUUCUCCAUCGAUUCCCGCCAUCAAUGUUAAUGAACGAGACACCACUGUCGCCCAGACAACUACCGUCAUCGCCCAGAUAUUAG